GUGAGUGGUCCUCUCACUCCGGCGUUUCCAAGACCUCUGGCUCUCCCCAGCCACGAAAGCCACGCCAGCAACCAUUUCCCUGGGCUGCUCAGCCAACAGCAUGUGGCUCAAGAACACCGUCCUCCUGCUCCUCCUGCUCCUCCUGCUCAGGACUGGCCAAGGGAACCAGGGUUGCAGUGGGAGACCAAAUGACAGCUGCCCCUAUCAAGAUGUCUACACAAGAACUAGAGAUAUCACAGAGAUCCCAAAGUCAGUAGCUUCUAUUAUCUCUGAAAUGUUUUUUGUUGAGACCAGCCUUGUAGAAAUCAGAGAGGGAGCCUUCCAAAACAUGCCCAACCUAGUGAAAAUUGAAUUUAUAACCAACAAGAUUAGAAGAGUUGAAGCAGGAGCAUUUGAUAACUUGGAGAAACUGGAGGAUUUGGAAAUAACUGGGGCUGAGUUAGAUUAUCUCCCCGUGGGCAGCUUCCGAUCCCUCUCUAAUUUGCGGAGAGUGAACCUGAGGGACUCCCAUAUCAAAAGGAUUGAAAAAGGACUCUUUGAUAAUCUUGGGAAUUUGGAAGAGCUUUAUCUGCAUUUGAAUGAAAUUCCUUCUCUCCCAGAUGGGGUUUUUGAUGGGCUUCCUAAACUCACCUUAUUACAUCUGGCAACGAACAAGAUUUCAAACAUCCCACAGGACAUCUUCAAGCAACUGACACAGUUGAAGACUCUUCGACUGCAAAAAAAUGAGAUCACCAGUCUAGCGGAGGGGAGUCUGGACAGCCUGCAGGACCUGAUGGAGCUCAACCUUCAAAACAAUAGGUUUCAGACUCUGCCACCCAACUUGCUAAGACAGCUGACGAACCUGGAGAAGCUUUUUCUGGACCAUAACUUGAUUGAAGUUCUCCCAGAUGAGAUAUUCCUUGGACUGAGAAAAAUGAAACAGCUGAAGAUAGCUUCCAAUCGCCUGAAAGCAGUCCCGGCCUUGGGUGCCAUGCCUCUGCUCAAGGAGCUGGACUUGAGCAAAAACAAGCUCUCUUCCCUGGAGAAUUUGGCAUCGGCUUCUCUCCCAACACUGGAAACUCUCAAGCUGCAAGGAAACCUUCUAGAGAGCGUUCCCACGGGUCAGUUUGACCACUUGGGAAAACUCACUUCACUGUACCUUGGUGGCAAUCCAUGGAGAUGUGACUGUCAUCUUUUCUAUCUUCAUCAGUGGAUAAACAAUAACACCAAAAGAAUAAAGGACGCCAACAUGUUAAUCUGCAGAAGCCCGAGCAGUCUGGCUGGGAAAGGGCUCAGUUCACUGACCAAAGACCAGUUAGUCUGUUUAACGACCACACCCAUGUUAACCACCUUUAAAGUCACACCAUUGCCCAUGUCUGCUUCUCCAUCUGCCAACUCAGCAAGGAAAAGCAUGGCAGGUGCCCUAGUUCAGUCCACCAUGCUCCAUGGGACCAUCACAUCUGGAACUUCAGCCACAGCUCCCCAAACCAAUCCUGCUAAAAGCAGACAAGUCAUGGCUACCAGCAGGUCAUUGCCUGGAGCCAUUCCUACAAGCCCACAUGCCCCAGCUUCAAGCUACCCUGUCACCCCCACUCAGGGAUCCACUUCUACCAGGACAAGUCCUGAAAUCACAAGCCAUCAAGCCAUAGCUUCCACGAGUACUCCAACCACAACCGAAGAUGUCACAACUGUCCCUGAGGUCUCUUCCACAAGCCAUCAAGCCACAGCUUCCACGAGUUCUCCAACCACAACCGAAGAUGUCACAACUGUCCCUGAGGUCUCUUCCACAAGCCAUCAAGCCACAGCUUCCACGAGUUCUCCAACCACAACCGAAGAUGUCACAACUGUCCCUGAGGUCUCUUCCACAAGCCAUCAAGCCACAGCUUCCACGAGUUCUCCAACCACAACCGAAGAUGUCACAACUGUCCCUGAGGUCUCUUCCACAAGCCAUCAAGCCACAAGUUCCUGGCAGAUUUCUACUCCAACAAGUGCUGGGACGCAUCCUUGCACAUCUAACUCCCUGGGUGUGCACAGCUCCAGACCCUCAGCUCCAGAAACAUCUGCUAGGCAAGUAGUUACAGUGCCCAGCCCCACGCCCUCCACAGCGAGGCUGGCACAGACACUCAUUGGUGGCCCAGCCACAGUGCUUCCAUCUACAGCAAAUCACACAUUUUGCUCUCCCUCCUCCCUCCCUCCUUCACCCCAGAGUGCUGGGAGCCCCCUGUCCCCCAGCCCGCCAUCCGUCCUGCCCCUGCGCCAGGCCUGGGGCUUUUCGCUAAGCUCCAACCACCGGUAUUGCCAGGUGUUCCUCCUGCUGUAUCUGUCCAUGCUCUGCGUGGACAUCUUCUGUGCUAUAGUCUUAGGGAGUCUGGCAUACGCGCUCCACACAGCCACGAGGUCAGUCAAGCUGCCUUCCAGGCCAGUGAGGCUGGUGCACAUCAGGGCCAGAAAAGGGAGGCUAUGAAGUGUUUGGGGAGCAGAGCACGAGCCCUUGCCUUCUGGGGCACCUCCCGAGACCCAGCACAAAGUGCCCUAUUGCUGAUGUGUUUCUUGCCGAUACUGCUCAUCGCCUGGACCCCAAAGGAGAGGCUGGGUGGGCAAACGGAGUGCACCAGCUGUAGCUCUACCUGGGACAUGAGGACCUUUCUUGUCCUCUUCACCCUGUGGCUGGGCUACUACAAAGCACUUGUGGUGGUAAGAGGUCCCCCCCACACGUAAGCUGCAUUCACUGCUAAACCUCUGGGAUGUGCACACACGCACCCCGCUCCAUAUGAACUGCUGAAAGUGCCCUUGUAAGAAAACAGUGACAGCAAGCUGAACGACCCUGAGUGGCGACAGGAGGAAGAAUCAGCCAGGCACCCAUGCCCCGGGAAACCGAAUUUCUUCUAUUCACCAACCGUAUCCCAGAGGCAGCAUGGCUGGCAUGCUGACUUCGUAGCAAGGGAUAAAUAAUAACAAGGUCACAUGGAUGGGCUUAUCGAAAACAUUCCAGCGUCACGCCGUAACUUCCACUGGGUCCGCCGUCUUCUUUGUCCUGCCCUUGCAGUGCAGUGCAGGAGGUCAGAAGUAUAUAAACUCUGGUUCUGCUUUUGAUCAGGGCUGCGCAGCAAAGUGCCAAUGCUUUGCUGGGUGCCCAGGAUGUACUGCAUGCCUGCUAACGAAAAUGACGUCCUAUCUUCAAAGUGAUUUGGUCGCUUCAGGUGAGCCAGGUUUUGGCCACAACACACUGGACAUGGGGAUGCUGUCGAAGACCACUCACAGGCUUCAACUCGUCCAGAAUGCACUGGCCUAAUUAUUGGCCACCACAAACAUAUUCUGCCUGUGCUCUGAGCCCCACGCUGGCUUCCAAUUAGCUUCUGAGUGCAAUUCAAGGUGCUGGUUGUCUCCUGCAUGGGUGGGCACCCAAGUAUCUUCAAGGCUGUCUUCUUCAGCUCGAAUCAGACCACCUAACCUGUUCUUCCUGGAAAAAAACACUGACAGUCCCUAUUCUUGUGGGUCAUGGAAGCUGAGUCUAUGGGGUAGUAGCUGUUCUGCUCGAACUGAGGCUGGUCCUUCUAAUUCAGCCUUUCAGAAACGGCUGGGAAAAAACAGAGGAAUGCAGAUGUUAUGUCCGUUGGGUUUUAUGAUUUUAUGCUUUCCACGUGUUACUUCUUUAUCAGGGGUGUUUUGUUUCCUGGGUUUUAUUGCUGGAAACCACUGAGAGUGUUGGGAUUGCAGAAAUCUGAUAAAUAAAUAAGCAAGCACACUGGAUUAAUCAGACCGGGUGCUUUUGGCCGCUCUUUGGUGACAGACAACCAAGGGGACAGUCUGCAGCCAUUUAACUGCAGUGCUUAAUCGUCUUAGUGAAUGAAGCCGUUUUCCAGGUUUGCCCGAUACAUAAAAUGCCAGAGAUGUGUGUGGCUCCCACCCUGAUGACUUUCUGAAGCGUGUUGAAAAACUGGCUGUUCUCCCAGGCCUGGGGCAGGGGAGCGGGUGAGCCCCCGUACGAUUCUGGGCUGCUUUGUACGGUUUUUCUCUUUCUGGACCCACAUCCUUUGCUCCUUUAUUCUACUGGCCUGGCUUUUUAUAAUGUAAACACCUAGAGUUGCUGGG